AUGGGGAUAACUGGAGAGAUCUUGCACAGCGAACUGAAAGUUCACAACUGGAUGCCAGCCCUUGUGCUCCUCUUGAACAAAGAUGCAGAAGGUCCAGAUGUGUCAAAGGCAACACCUGGAAUAAAGGCGACAAAGGAGAAAUUGAUGAAGAGGGGCUGGAUGCUCUCCAGUGCAAGCGAGCUGCGGCCCCUGAGUCAGCCCCCCCCAGGAAUCAGAGAGGAAGUGGGGGGGCUUUGGGCCAAGCCCCUGGGGGAAGGGAGCGCCCCCCUCUACUGCCUCUCUUUCUGCCCAGGUGCCCGAAGCUGCAAGGAGCUCUUGGUCCAGGGGAUGGUCCUGAGCGGCUGGCAUACCGUCCACCCCCUUUCUACAAGAUCCUUCCAGGUGGCAGCCGAAUCCGAUUGGUAUUGGCUGACUCUGGGCAAUUUUACAGGGGGCACCGCAGGCGACUCUCUAUCCUACCACAACCACAUGCCCUUCUCCACCCAAGAGAGGAAGCCGGACACUCUAAAGUUCAACUGCGCUGAGAUGUACGAAGGAGCCUGGUGGUACAAUGAAUGCCACUACUCCAACCUCAACGGGAAAUACUGGCUGGGGGAACACAACUCUUAUGCGGACGGCAUCAACUGGAGGACGGGGAAAGGUUACAAAUACUCCUACAAGCUCACAGAAAUGAAAAUCAGGGCUGUGGCUUAGGGGGCUGCUUCAGCUGAUGGGGUUUUUUCUUCUGAGGGGUUCCAAAGCGCAUCUAGUCCAUCCCUCUGCUUUUGAUUUGCUACCUCGACAAAGAGGUUUGCAUUUUAGAAAAUGUACGUGAUUAAAUGAUCUUUAAACAGCUACUCUGAAGGGCCUUUGCAGAGUUGUGGGGGGGGGCUCUGUCCCCCUUCAUCUUUGCAUGAGCGGAGCAGCCAAUCUAAUCCAAAAUUAAUAAAUAC